CUUGCAAGCUAGAAGUCUAAGCUCAAGAGGAAGCUCGCCAGAACUGGAGUCAGUUACUGAGUCACUGAAAGAGCAACAAGAACUGAAAGGUAGAGGCGUCUGAAGAAGCAUUGCCAGUGCAUCCAAAUUGGCAGUCAAGUUGAGUCAGGCGGCAAGUUGUUCGUCUGGCGUGCCACCAUGAUAGCUGCAAACUCUACCAUGGCUACCAAACGGAACGAGCUGGAGGAAGGAGUGGAAGAAUUGACCAUUCAAGAAGAAGAAAGUUUACAAAAUGGAAAUGAGUCCGCUGCAGCUAAGAAGAAGCGCAAGAAGAAGAAGAAGAAGGCUGCGGCAGAAGGAGGGCCUGAAGAGGCAGGCCCGGCUGAGGCCAAUGGCCAUCAAGAGGGGGCCGACUCAAGGCAGCUGCCGGGGAUAGACGAAGCCUCUGCAGAAAUGAGCCCGAGCGCAGAGGAGGGGCAGGAGGAUGGAGACAAUGCAGACCAGGGAGAGGAGGCUGGCGGUGAAGCAGCAGACGGUGCCAAGAAGAAGAAAAAGAAGAAAAAGAGCGGUAAGAAGAGAGGCGGCAGUCUGGAGCAGACGGACCCCCCCAGCAUCCCAGUGGCGCACUUGUUUCCGGAGGGGGAGUUCCCGAUGGGGGAGUUCCAGGAUUACAAGGACGACAACCUGUGGCGCAAAACCAGCGCAGAGAAACGCGAGCAGGAGCGCCUGGAGAAGCCGAUGUAUGAGAAUGUACGCCAAGCUGCGGAAGUGCACCGCCAGGUGCGUAAGUACGUGCGGACCAUCGCUAAGCCGGGGGUACAUAUAGCGACCAUGGCCGAGUCGCUGGAGGACUGCGUGCGCAAGCUGAUCCAGGCCAACGGGCUGCAGGCUGGGAUUGCGUUCCCCACCGGGUGCAGCCUCAACCACGUGGCCGCGCACUGGACGCCCAACGCAGGGGACAAGACGGUGCUGCAGUACGACGACGUGAUGAAGAUCGACUUUGGCACGCACAUCGAGGGGCGUAUCAUCGACAGCGCGUUCACAGUGGCGUUCAACCCGGUGUACGACCCGCUGCUGCGCGCCGUCAGGGAGGCCACUGACGCCGGGGUCAAGGAGAGCGGCAUCGACGUGCGGCUGUGUGAUGUUGGCGCGGCCAUCCAGGAGGUGAUGGAAUCGUACGAGGUGGAGAUUGGCGGCAAGACCUUCCAAGUGAAGAGCAUUCGCAAUCUGAACGGGCACAACAUCGCGCCAUACCAAAUCCAUGGGGACAAGAGUGUGCCUAUCGUUAAGGGGGGCGAGCAGACCAAGAUGGAGGAGGGCGAGUUCUUCGCGAUUGAGACGUUUGGUUCCACGGGCAAGGGCUACGUGCACGAAGACCUGGAGUGCAGCCACUACAUGAAGAACUUCGACGUCACCUUCGUGCCCCUUCGGUUACCUCGCGCGAAGCAGCUGCUGGCGACCAUUGACCGCAACUUUGGGACGUUGGCGUUCUGCCGGCGGUACCUGGACCGCCUUGGGGAGACCAAGUACCUGAUGGCGCUCAAGAACCUGGUGGACAAUGGCGUCCUCAUGGAGUGCCCGCCACUAUGUGAUAUCAAGGGAAGCUUCACCGCCCAAUUUGAGCACACGUUAUACUUGGGGCCAACUUGCAAAGAAGUUCUGUCGCGAGGAGAUGAUUAUUAGUCGAAAUUGUCUGGUUUCGAGCGGGUUUCGGCGUUUGUUUAGAAAGAACCUGAUUCUCGCAUGCCCCUUUUUUCUCCAAUCCAGGCUAACUGACAGCAUGUACUCUUAUAAAAAGUUUCAGAGGCGUAUUCAUCUAAAGCAUUAGAUAUGUAUGCGCGAAGGUGGCCACUUGAUUCUGGACAAACAAGGUGGCAACUGAUCGGCUACUUCCCUGAUCAAAGUGUACUGUCACUUUUUUCCCUCUCUGUGGCGACUUCCAAAGCGCU